GGCCAGGAACGGCCGCCCGGAGCUCGGAGGACGCGGAGCGCGCCGCGCCCGGGGCACUGACCGAGGGUCUUCCGGCCGCUGAGUCCUGUCCAGCUGGCGCCUGGGACAUGGCAGCCGCUGCUAGUGCAGCCUUGAAGACAGUCACUUGCCUGGUGAGCACCGUUACUUAGAAGAUAGGAUCCCAGAGGAGCUGCCCCGCCUGGAGCCGGCCCGGGGGCAAGCUGGGGUCCCGCCGCCCCCGCCCCCGGGAUGACCGCAUCUGGCCGUGCCAACCCCUACAGCAUCGUGUCGUCCGAGGAGGACGGGCUGCACCUGGUCACCAUGUCGGGCGCCAACGGCUUUGGCAACGGCAAGGUGCACACCCGGCGCAGGUGCCGGAACCGCUUCGUCAAGAAGAACGGCCAGUGCAACAUUGAGUUCGCCAACAUGGACGAGAAGUCGCAGCGCUACCUGGCCGACAUGUUCACCACUUGCGUGGACAUCCGCUGGCGCUACAUGCUGCUCAUCUUCUCGCUGGCCUUCCUGGCCUCCUGGCUGCUGUUCGGCGUCAUCUUCUGGGUCAUUGCCGUGGCCCACGGGGACCUGGAGCCGGCCGAGGGCCGCGGCCGCACGCCCUGCGUGCUGCAGGUACACGGCUUCAUGGCGGCCUUCCUCUUCUCCAUUGAGACGCAGACCACCAUUGGCUACGGGCUGCGCUGCGUGACCGAGGAGUGCCCGGUGGCCGUGUUCAUGGUGGUGGCGCAGUCCAUCGUGGGCUGCAUCAUCGACUCCUUCAUGAUCGGCGCCAUCAUGGCCAAGAUGGCGCGGCCCAAGAAGCGCGCGCAGACGCUGCUGUUCAGCCACAACGCGGUGGUGGCGCUGCGCGACGGCAAGCUCUGCCUCAUGUGGCGCGUGGGCAACCUGCGCAAGAGCCACAUCGUGGAGGCCCACGUGCGGGCCCAGCUCAUCAAGCCCCGGGUCACGGAGGAGGGCGAGUACAUCCCGCUGGACCAGAUCGACAUCGACGUGGGCUUCGACAAGGGCCUGGACCGCAUCUUCCUGGUGUCACCCAUCACCAUCCUGCACGAGAUCGAUGAGGCCAGCCCGCUGUUCGGCAUCAGCCGGCAGGACCUGGAGACGGACGACUUUGAGAUUGUGGUCAUCCUGGAGGGCAUGGUGGAGGCUACGGCCAUGACCACACAGGCCCGCAGCUCCUACCUGGCCAACGAGAUCCUGUGGGGCCACCGCUUCGAGCCUGUCCUCUUCGAGGAGAAGAACCAGUACAAGAUCGACUACUCGCACUUCCACAAGACGUACGAGGUGCCGUCCACGCCCCGCUGCAGCGCCAAGGACCUGGUGGAGAACAAGUUCCUGCUGCCCAGCGCCAACUCCUUCUGCUACGAGAACGAGCUGGCCUUCCUGAGCCGCGACGAGGAGGACGAGGCGGGCGGGGAGCAGGACGGCCACGGCCACCAGGCCAGGCGCGACUUUGACAGACCCCAGGCCGGCACCGCCCUCGAUCAGCGGCCCUACAGACGGGAGUCCGAGAUCUGAGCCGCCAGCGGCCAAGGUGCAGCAUCCGCCCCGCCGGGGAAAGGCCCCUGAGUCCCGCGAGGGCCCCGGGCCAGAGCGGAACGGGCUUGGGCCCUGGUUGCAGACUCAGUAGCGUUUUAGAUGUUUUACGUUUCUUCACAGCGGCGUGGGAAUGUUGGUGGGAGAGUGGGUGGCCUGAGUGGCCUCUGAGGCCAGAGCAGGCCUGGGGGCGGGGAGGUGGCCUCCCGGGUGUGUGUUGGGGGGGCGCGGGCCACAGGAGCUGAGGGCUUCUGCCUCAGGGGGGAGCCACAGCCUGUCCAGAAACGGCUCACGAGCUGCCCGGCCUCUGGGGGCGAAGGCCUGUGGGCUGCAGCGCACCUCGCUGGUUUUUAACUUGGGGAGAAACACCGGGUUUGGGCUUUCUCGACCUUAGUUUAAGACUGUUUACAAAAAAAAAUUAACAUGUGAUUGAAAAAAAGGUUUAUAAUUUGAGGGGGGUGGGAAAGGACAAUUAGAAUUCCCUUAGUCUGCCAGGAUGCAAGUAGCUGGGUGGGGUUUCCAGAAGGUCCCCGAGGCUGGGCUGGCCUCUCUUCCAUG